AACAUUAACACUAUCAUAACGAUGCUCUGCUAAGUUGAAAUGUAUUUGAUUAGGAUAGAUACGAAUAGAAAUUCCUAAGUGUCAGAUCUCGCCAUCCUUUGUAGGUAGAAUUUGAUUUCUAUGAAUUAACAUAUACAGUUUGCUAUGCUCCUCCAUGUUUGUCUGACCAUGUCACAGAACAAUGCAUUGCAUGUCUCGUUGUUAUCGCGUGACAGGGCGUAGCUCAAUCGAAUAAAGUCGCGUAGACGCUGGUGACUAUCAUAUUCAGGGCGUAUAUGUUGGCGGGGGAGCGAUGGUCGACACAGCCAUGUCUGUUCAUGUAUACUUGAUGGUUACUUGCCUGGCAUUUAACACCGAUUCAGCAUUCGGCACGACAGAGAUACAGGCAAAAGGCGGUGUGGUCCAAGCCGUGGGUGACAUGAACAUAUUCCCAACGUCAGCACAGUCCGAAUACGAGAAAGUAUAUUGGCGGGCAUCAACUCUGGUGCCAACGAAUUAUACAGAGGUGGUCAAAAGUUUUGAGACUAACUUGGCCAUCGCACCGUCUCGCAGUACUUCAAAUGACAAUUUCGUUAAUUCCUUAGAGUGUGACAUCAAAAGAGCGAAUGUUGUAGCCUGCCUGAAGAUGUUCCCGGUAACCCCUACGUCAAGGUACGAACGAAUGUACUGUAUAUCAAGCGCUCUAAUCAGAAAGAAGACGAACAACCAAUACUCUUGCAGCUGCGAGACGUGUACCCCGGAUGUCCACUGUUGGCUGCCGUGUCAGACACUGGCCAAGUUUGGCAUGGCUCCAGACAAGGACUGCUUCUGUACUCCAGUGACAGGAGGAGAUGGGGAAGGCCCAGUCCCGACAUGGUGCCGGAGCCCCCAAGGACAGCCAGAGUUCUUCACGGAAUGUCACAGCCCAUUGUUUUCAUACACAUGUGAAUUAUAUAAAAAUUUCUUUGAAAAUGGAUUCAGCCUCACACGUGAUCACUACACAAUUUUUAAGUCGUUAUCAUGUAAAGGAAAAACCACUGAAAAAUUACUGAUAUCGUGCCUCAGUAAUGCUCUUGUACAAAUUGUGAAAAACAGAUCUGUGGCUUGUGCUCAUCCUUAUAAAGACGUCACUUCCUGUUUAGACACCUUCCGCAAGACAAUGAGUAUAUCUGUGGACCCAGUAUGUCAACAAGCGUUACAAUCCUGGGACCAAAUGUCCCCAAAUAGCUUCCAAAUGUCUAACGUUGAUUUUGAAAAGGAACUCUCUCCAGUGCGGUUUAGUGUUAUGGAAUGCUUGAAGGUUUUGUUAUAGCAUGUAGUACGAGGGAAGGUUAAUGUCAGAAGUUUUAAGUCGUAACUUGCGCUGUUCUCCAUUUUAUGAACUUCUAACCGAUAUUGUGUUCAUAUAUUUAAACAAUCUAUUUCAUGUCAUUACUUUACGUUCAGUAUCAGAAAUAACAAUUAAAAUUCGGCGAUGUUUUCGUAAAGUUAACUUAUGCGCUUAACAAAAAGAAACAGAUUUAAAUAGGUUGGCUGUACCACCCUUCUUGAAUAGCGUUUUUGAAUUGUUAGUAGCAGGAUGCUAUUUUACACAGUGGCUGACACCUUUUGGAAACAUCUGUCGGUGUGGGAUUUUGGGACAGACAGCAGGAAUUCUUGUUCUGACCUCACUGAUUGUGGUGACUGACAGAAGGUAAUAAGUUCUUUCAAAUACUGUUCCAUUUAGAGUGUUGCGUAUAUCGUCAUGGUCUUGUACUGUAACACAUGCAGCCUAUGGGGUAUAUGCAAUACUGAUGUUAUGCUCUUUGUUUUGAGUAAGGUAAACAAUCUAGGAUCAGAAGUAUUCUGAACUCUCUGGGGACAAAUUGUGGCACUGUAAUAGCGAGAGCUGAACACAUUAUGAAGCAAUGUUUACAUUACAGCAAACGUGUAGCCGAGGUAAAACCUGUUGACAUUCCAUACAUGUUCCUUCAAUAUAUUACUUACUAACACGACAGUCGCGUGACUGUUAUAUAAUUCGGAUGUCAGAAAUAAAAAAAAAUUCGCGUGUUGAAAUAUAAUCAGAGCAGCGAGUGCGAUCGUUGACGGGACUGAAUACAUUAAUAGGCGUGUCUGUCGACAGGAUUUGUUUUCAUCAUUCAAAACGAACGGGUAUGUAGCAAAAUGUUUGUUCUUUGAAACGAGUUGGCUAAGUGUCAUUGGAGAGCACAAGUGUUGUCAAUUUCAAAGUAAUCAUGAGCUACAAUAUGAGGGUGUUCUCAGUUUCCUCACUUUUUAGGGAACAAAGAAAAGUGUUGAUAUAGGAAGACAAUGGCAAACCAAUUAAGGUAUGUUUCAAACUUACCCCACAGGUAUAACUUACCUGUGUGAAAGUUACCUGUCUGACUUGUAGCUUUU